AUGGUUGACGCCGAGGCGGGUCAGGGCAAGCCCCUGCUACCAUCCGGGGAUCGCGUGAGCGUCUCCGACGAGCGACCGUGCCGCUGUGAGCUGCACAUCCGGGACGGCCUGCUGCGACGACAGCGGAAAGUACCAGGUGGUCGUGGAGAACAGUCUCGGAAGCGACUCGGGCUUUGCCUCCGUCAAAGUGGAAGGUACAAAAAUCGUCACUACCACGGUUUCUGUCCCUACGCAGGCCCUCCCGAUCCACCGGCCGAAGCCCCUCGAGCGGUCGCUCUUCCAGGCGGCGCGAUCGAGGUGACCUGGUCGUGUUCGCCGUUCGACGGUGGCUGUCGCAUCCAGCGCUAUCUAGUGGACGCGUCUCCGGCGUCGGCGGAGCCCCGCGCCUGGAGCCGCGUAGCCGCGGUGCUCAGCACCUGCUGCCGGCUCGUCGACCUGCCGCCGGAGACCGCGUACGUGUUCGUCGUGCGCGCACAGAACGCGCGCGGUCUGAGCAUGGCGAGCGCCGAGUCGCCGCCCGCCGCACCCAUGCCGCCCCACGGACCGCCCGCAGCAGACGACGACGAAGUGCUGGACGAAGAGAUGACGGUACCACCAGGUCCUCCUGUUACGAUGCGGCCAGGAGAAGAGUUCAACCAACACUACCACGUGCACGAAGCGGUGGGCAGGGGUCGCUUCGGCGUCGUACACCGGUGCACGCGGCUCGCGGACGGCACCGACGCGGCGGCCAAGAUGGUUCGCUGCGCGCGCGCCACCGAGCGGGACAGGAUGCGCCACGAGCUGGCCAUCUUGAACCUGCUCCGGGGACAUCCGCGGCUCCUGAUGCUGCUGGACGCCUACGAAAAGCCACGGGAGAUCAUCCUUGUCACCGAAUACGUGUCCGGUGGAGAGCUCUUCGAGCGGGUUAUAGCCGACGACUUCGUGCUCACGGAAUGGGACUGCGUCUUGUUCCUGAGGCAGAUCUGCGCGGGCAUGUCCUACAUGCACAGCAGACACGUCAUCCACCUCGACCUCAAGCCUGAGAACAUCCUCUGCCAGAGCCAAGUUGGACACAAGAUCAAGCUGAUCGACUUCGGCCUGGCACAGCUGUACGAGCCGAACUCUAGCCUUCGCGUGAUGUUUGGAACGCCAGAGUUCGUGGCCCCCGAGGUCGUCAGCUACGAGCCGGUCAGCCCAGCCACCGACAUGUGGAGCAUCGGCGUCAUCUGCUACGUCCUACUUUCCGGGUUGUCACCGUUCAUGGGCGACUCGGAUACGGAUACCUUCAACAACAUCGUCAGGGUGGACUUCGACUUCGAUGACCCAGUCUUCGAGACCAUCUCCUCUGUGGCCAAGGACUUUAUGUGCCAACUCAUCGUGAAGAACCCCAGGAAACGAAUGUCUGCGGAACAGUGCUUGGAACACGAGUGGCUGUGUGUAGUGCCCAAGCGCGGCGCCAGCUCGUUGCCGCUGCCCACGGACAAGCUCAAGAAGUUCGUAGUCCGCAGGAAGUGGCUGAAAAGCGGCAACGCGCUAAAAGCGCUUAGCCGCAUGACAAACAUGAGCGGCCAGCGACCAGCAGCCCACGGUGACGAAGCGUCCGUCCUGCUCGCCUGCGAGGAAGACGCGCCGAUCUCGCCGCCGCCUUCCGACACGGCACCAACCACCGUAGAAGAAGAUGUGGCUGCCGCCGAUAACUGAGUGCCCAUCAAUAUAUCCUACGCCGCACAGGGCUUCUAGAAGAACACAGGCCCUUCUCAAUCUUCCCAAGCACCGAACUUUGUGUCCCGCCAGUGUUUGCCCUCUUCUUGCCAUUUCCUUUUUAACUGUGAAUCACUCGAUGUGUAACACUGUCCUUAAGUACUAAACGUGCCCUGUUGCAUGCAUCAUUAACUCUUGUUGUCGUUUGCUCACCUUUCCCUACUUACCACAUUCUAAUAACCUCGUCUUCUGUGAUUGUGCUCGGGCCGUGAAAUUGAACAGUUCCUCAGAGCUUGACCAAAUUUUAUCCAUGUGCAUAAAGCCGAUGAGAUUCUCCAGGAAGUACAACAUUUUAUUUUUGUCCGGAUAUUUCUUGCUAUAUUUAUGACUGUAAGCUUUAUUGAAGACGAAAUAAAUGCUGCAGACGGGUGUUUGCAUUGAAACCCUAAAUAUAUCCACUUAUAUUUCGG